AUGAGCGCGGGCGACGCCGUGUGCACGGGCUGGCUCGUCAAGUCGCCCCCCGAGAGGAAGCUGCAGCGCUACGCCUGGCGCAGGCGCUGGUUCGUGCUGCGGCGGGGCCGCCUGAGCGGCGACCGCGACGUCCUGGAGUACUACCGCAGCCAGCGCGCCCGCAAGCCCAUCCGCGCCAUCGACCUCAGCGAGUGCGCUGUCUGGAAGCACGCGGGCCCGGGCUUCGUUCGUAAGGAAUUCCAGAACCAUUUCGUGUUCGUUGUCAAGACUGCAUCUCGCACGUUCUAUCUGGUGGCCAAGACGGAGGAAGAAAUGCAGGUGUGGGUGCACAGCAUCAGUCAGGUCUGCAACCUCGGCCACCUGGAUGACAGCGCAGAUUGUGUGGAGAGUGGCUCUCGUGCGCCUUCCUGCGUGCAGCCCUCUGCCGCCAGCUCCCUGCCAAGAGAUGACCCAAGCACUAGUACUGUAGCCACUGAGGAAACCGGAAGUGAGUCAGAGUUUCUCUUCCUUCCUGAUUAUCUGAUUCUAUCCAACUGCGAGACGGGAAGACUGCACCACGCCAGUCUCCCCACCAGAUGUGACAGCUGGUCAAACUCGGAGCGUUCACUGGAACAGGUGUCCUUCGACGACGUUUUUGUGGACGGCCCGCAGCCACUGUCCUCCGGGAACCUGGCCUGCCUCUCACGCCCUGGGAACAGUUCUCAAGAGGCCCCUUCCACGAGGCCCCCGGCUGCCCUGAUCUGGACGAGAGAUGUCAAUGGCCCGUCCAGGGACCACUUUUCUUUACCAGUGCUGGAAACUUCCUUAAACUCCACCAUCCAGGUAGAUCAAAACCAAGCUUCCUUGCCCUAUGGGGUAAAAGAACUAGAUGUUAUGUCCAACACGCCACCUCCCCGCCCCCCUAAGCCAAGCCAUCUCUCUGAACGGCGCCACGAGGACCAGCUCCUGUGCGGUGGGCCCAGUAGCAUCAAGAAGCCAGAAGGCACUGUGGUACCGAGAAGAAUCUCUCUCUCUGGCUUAGAGAACAUGAGAACCUGGAAAGGUGAUGUAGAAGGCCAAUCUUUAAGACACCGAGAUAAGCGGCUAAGUUUAAAUUUGCCGUGCAGGUUCUUCCCGAUGUCCCUUCCGGGUUCUGCCAGCACUGAGGACAGUUACAUGCCCAUGAGCCCCCAGGCCACCGCCUCUGCUCUCGGACCCCACUGCAGCCCUGACGACUACAUCCAAAUGAGCUCAGGAAGCAUCUCCAGCCCAUUGCCCGAGCUCCCGGCGGACCUGGAGCCUCCCCCCGUGAAUAGAGAUCUCAAGCCUCAGAGGAAAUCACGGUCACCUCCCCUGGACCUGAAAAGCCUCUCCACCAUCCGGGAACACACGGCUCUCACCAGGACCCGCACUGUGCCUUGCAAUCGAACCAGCUUUCUCUCUCCAGAAAGAAAUGGUAUUAAUUCUGCAAGAUUUUUUGCCAAUUCUGUUUCCAGAGAAGAGGAACAAAGCUACAUGCAAAUGGAGGAGCACGGAGAAGCCAACUUGCUGAGCAGUGGAGCUCUGACGUGGACGAGGAAAUUCAGCCUGGACUAUUUAGCCCUGGACUUCAACUCAGCGUCACCAGCCCCUGUGCAGCAGAAACUUCUCUUUUCAGAGGAGCAAAGAGUAGACUAUGUCCAAGUGGAUGAGCAGAAGACGCAAGCUCUCCAGAGCACAAAGCAGGAGUGGACGGACGAGAGGCAAUCCAAAGUGUGACGGGGCUGGGCUGCGGGCAGGGGGCUCUGAGGGAGGCCAGCCCUUGUCACCGGCCACACUUGCUCCUGCCGAGCCUCAGGCUGGUGGACUGGGAUGUAGAAGACUCCAUUCGGGCAGGGUGGGAACAAUCAAAGCAAAAGUGGCAUUAGAAAUCUUCUCCAGUGGAGCCCUUGACGUGCAGAUUGGAGCCAACAGGAUGACAUCUUUUGACUCCAACGCCUGAAGUUUCGAUCUCUCUCCUGUGCUUCCACUGGAAUCAUAAAUGACCCUAGGAGAGAUGCGCCUGGACACCAUCUUGUCCCCACCCCUGAAGACACAGUGCAAGACACCAAGCCUAGUGAUGGUGGCAGAAAGACAAUGCGAGUGACAGGAGCCUUGAGUCCUGAGGUCCGUGAUGGGCCUAUCAGAUGACACUGGUGGCUCUGAGGACAGCGUGCUUGAGCAGCCACCUGUGGCUGGGCGUCCCACUGCUGUUGGCCUUUUCCUGGCAUGCUUUCACACGCAUCGUCUCAUCUCUUCCCCUCAAAGACCUUGGAAGCUAGGCUUGGCGGAGAUCACCGCUCCCACUUUGAGGAAAACAAUACCAAGCACCAGAGAGGGGAACGCUUGACCCAAGAUGACUCAUGGAGUGAGACAGCAAGUCAGGCUCCUUCCGCCAUCUAAGGCUGCGUCCGUCGCUUAGGGUAACUUCGGAGACGCGUGGGAAACACGUGCAGACACGGGAUGACUCAUCAUCUCCUGUCCCUUUCAUAGGAUCUCGAGCAGGUGCUUGUAUACUUGAAAGGUAUGCCUGUCGAGCCAGGGUUUCUUUGUAUGGUCUUCAAACAGGGCACUCUAACAUAAUCAGCAGUUACCAUUAGAGACACCUCCCGACAGUCAGUGUGAAAUCCGUUCUUGGUUCACAUGGUCCCCUUGCCGUGUGUGUCCCGUGAGCUGGCUAAUGCUGGCAGAAGAAUCUUUGCCACCUCGGGGAAAGCUAUCCCUGGCCAUCCUGUGCUGCACUCAAGCUUCUGAGUGAUAGUUAUGAGCCAAAACAAAGCCAAAAAACAGACCAAACGCCGGUGACUUCAAGUCUCAGGUUUCCUGGCUAAUUUUCCCUUCUGCUUUAGUGGUGACGAGCCCCUGAGACUGCACACGUUCCCCGCAGGCAAUGAAGGCAUCUUGUCACUCCUUCCUUUAUGGGGCGCUGGGGUUCAGGGGACGCAGACAACAGGCUCGACUGGGCUUGGAGUUUUGCUUAACGCCCAUUCCCAAUCCUUCUGAGCACCUGCAGCCAGAAGACAAACCUCGCCAACUGGGUAGUAAGCAGGUUCUGGCCCACUGUUCUGCCACGGUGGCUUAUAUACGAGGAUGCAUCAAAUAGGCGGGCAGGUCUGCGGCAGCCAGGGUUAGGCAGGGCACCUGUAGGCUUUGCUGCAGGGUUUCAGGGUUUCAAACUGCUCUGAAGGUAAGUGCCAAAGUCUUGGUUUUCCAGACCAUAAAAGAAGUAAUUUUGAUGUUCAAAGCAGCACGGUCUGGUGACAUCAUUUUCUUCCCAGAGCAAGAUGGGGGCCAAUUGC